GCCGGCGGCCCUGACAUGGGCGCCAGCGGCUCCAAAGCUAGGGGCCUCUGGCCCUUUGCCUCGGCGGCGGGGGGCGGCGGCCCGGAGGCGGCGGGCACCGAGCAAGCUCUGGUGCGGCCUCGAACCCGAGCGGUGCCUCCUUUCGUAUUCACACGCCGCGGCUCCAUGUUCUAUGAUGAAGAUGGGGAUCUGGCUCACGAGUUCUACGAGGAAACAAUCAUCACCAAGAACGGGCAGAAGCGCGCCAAGCUGAGGCGGGUGCAUAAAAAUCUGAUUCCUCAGGGCAUCGUGAAGCUGGAUCCUCCCCGCAUCCACGUGGAUUUCCCAGUGAUCCUCUAUGAGGUGUGAGCCUAUCGGUUGGCAGACACAAGCACCCACUGCCCAGCAAGAAACUCCCUCCCAGGUUAAAGGUGUGGCUUCCAUUGAGGAAUCCAGGCUGGGGCCACAACCCUGAAUAAAACUCCGUUGGCCCAGAACCUUCGGCGGUGAGAGGGACAGUCCCAUAGGUGUUAACUUGUAUUGGUUUGUGUGUGGACAAAAGGUGACGGGCGACUGGUGAGGGCUAAAGACAGAAGCACCAGACCACCCUUCCAAGCCACGCCUGCAGAAAUCAUGGCGGGACAUAUGCGGGUCAGGAAUGCCUGGUUCCUAGUUCCUUGCCUGGCCUACUUUCUUCCAAGCUUGCCUAGGGCCUGGCCCAGCUAGAAGUCACAGCACUUUACAAGCAAAGUCUGCCUUUUUCCAGCCCCUGGGCUGUGGGAGCUGUAUACAAGUGGGAAUCUUCCUUUCCCUCACUCCCCUACCCCCCCCCCCCCCAGUCAGAGCAUUUCAGCCGUUUGCUACCUCGAUUCCUCCUGUAUCGGACAGAGGCUGGGGACAGGUCCAGCCUGACUCUCCCCAUCUACCUGCCAUAUGUUCCUGCUCUAGGAUGGACAAAUUAUUGGCUGUUAAAUAGGAAUGGGGACUGGCAUGGGAGGUUUUUCCUUUCACCCGGGGCUGGGCUGAUCCCCAAUGCAACUAGUUGCUGCCCUCCCUGCAGCUGGGAGUGCAGGCCAGGGUCGGGACAGGCUGUGGGCUCCUGUUCCUAUGAGGAGUUGCCCCAAGCCACCUAUUACGUCGAAUGCCCCUUGCCUUUGCCCCAGUCCCGUCUUCCCUGCUGGGGAAAGGCUGUCCACACCCAGUGGUAAGCAGCGGCCGCUGUAGGGCUGGUGCCAGUGUCUGUGAGGAACCCACUGCCCUUACCCCACAGUGUCUUCUCCCCUUCAGGAUCAGUCAGUGGAAAGGACUGGAGCCCCUUCGUAGGGACAGAAAGGAGGGGCAAACUAUAAAAGAAAUACUUAAAAUGUGAAGGUUUGUAAAUAGUCUAAACUAUGAUGGUGUUGGGCAAAGUCUGAUUUCUAGAGAUGACUUUUUAAAAAAAAAAACUGCUUAAUGUGGAAGCUGUGUGCUUCUAGAGCGUGGGAAAUGGCUUGGGGAAGGUGGCCUCAGCAUAGGAAUACUGUUGUAUCAUUUGUUCAAUUUCAAUAAAAUUAUUUGUAGACCCUGAA